AUGCUCUCGCUAUCUUGUCUAGCGGCUUCAAGUAGCUCGUACCGCGUCCUUGCAAGUCGCGGCGUACGCGUUUCUCUACCACGCCACUCAAACCGUUCUCGAACAGCUCAACAGGCACGCCUUCAAUCAAUAUGUGUGUCUCGUCGUGACCGGACAUCACCCCAUCUCCGAAUAUACGACAAGACCAGCCUAUCAAUCACAAUCCCUGAACUCACCCUGCUGGGUAGAAGAUGCAAUUCCAUCGACAGUCAGCGCAAUCACUUCACCAAUACCGAUGCGCUUGCGCCUAUUGACCACGAUCCGUACAAGUACGACCGACACAAUCAGGAGGAGACGAGAGAAGUACGGGAUGGAAAACAUAUAAAUUCUCACGGAAGGUUUUAUUCUAGGCGGAUAUUGAAGGCGCUGGACCUGAAUUCAAAUGUCGCCAUAUUAGAUUCGAUCCGGAACGGCUCGCGAGGACUUUAUACCCGGUGGGACCCGUUAAAUGGGAGUGAUAGUUACUGUGGUUACCAAUGGUCCAAGAAACGCCCACUCUCGUCGAAAAAGGUUCCUACUGGCAGGAACGACGACGACGCCGCCAUGGAAGAACAUACUUCGUUUGGUUCUUUUGAUAUGAUUUCUAUCCUAGCACGCUAUCUUCAUGCUGUAACUACCAGUCAAGAAGACCAACCUCAACCGAGUUUGUCUACUCAAGAAAAAUAUUAUCUUGCCUCAAAAGGCUACACUGCUGAGAGCGUAGAGCAAUGGUCGGAGAGCAUUUUGGAGAAAAGGUCAGUGCCCGCGGCUUCACUCUUCAAGAACGCCGACGAGAAACUUCCUCUAUUCCUAGUUAGUUUCUACCUCCAGAGGAAACACAUCAAGGCCCAAGCGCUUAGUAUUAUCUUUCGGCAUCUUCAGUCAAGGGCUCGAUAUGAAGAUAUCAGCUGGUAUUCGCUUACAAAGCUUCUCCCUCCGUUGGUACGCCAUGCGCGUUCGAUUAGGCCCGAGGCAUUGCCCUGGAUUGCGACGUUCUUCUCUACUGAGGCCACCAAAUAUUAUGCAGAUCUGAAGGGCAAAAAGAGUUUCUCUACACAACUUCCUCACCUGACCAAGUUCAGCAACCUGAUGUUGCAAUUGCUCUCUUUACCGGUUCAUGUAAAAUCCAUUGUAAACUCGAGACACCAGGAGACGGCCAUGUUCCAAGUUUUGCAGUUCAUGGCCAGUUGUGAACCAGCCUCCACGAUGACCAAGCGCGGAUUCCGAGCAAUGACACGCAAUCAACUCAUGCGCCCAAAGACUGCUCAAGAAAGAGAGUGGGCAAGCUUGAAAGGUCCAAGUUGGCCUCCAUGGAAAGAGAAUCGGAACGCAAUGGAUGAGGAAAAGGAGUAUGAGUUUGGCGCGUCAAGGGCUUCUCGUAUUAUGCAUAGGAUGUUCGAGGCAGGCUAUCAAGACGGUGCGUGGGAGCAUGUAGCUGAAAUCUAUGCUGGUUGGGAUACAGAUAGAUCACCUACCAUACAGUCGCGCACUACGUUUCCCCACGUCUCCUCACGCCUUACGUACCCGAAGAAGGCCAACCACCUUCUAUGGGUCGCUCGUAUACGAGUUACUCGCACCAGACGGGAAGCAUGGGCUUGCUUCCUCGCUUGUGAAUCGUCAGGGAACGCUUGCUCUGCACAAGUGUAUCUCGCCAUGUUCGAGAAACUUCAUGCAUCGGUGUUGGAAGAACAACAUGGUAGUGAUGUCGACCAUGGGUCUGAAGAUGUGCAUCAUAGCCAUCAUCUUUCUGGCGACACACCAAAAGUUAUGCCAGAGGCCCAGUCUCCAUACCAUCAUGUUUAUCUACGGGAGCCAAUCCCUAGUUCCGAGCAACUUUACGACCGGAUGAAUACUAAUAAUGUCCCAGUAAAUGGUAGACUCCUUGCCUUCCUCAUUGAAACCUUACCAAAUUUUUCCACGAUCUUACGACUUCUCGAGGCGGAACAGUCUGAGUUUGAUGGAGGGGUGGCAGUUUUGAUGGAAGGAUCUGUAUUUUCAGGAGAGGGACUUCCCGUACCUGGCUACUUUUUUACCUCCUUCAUCGAAUUUUUGUGCCGCUUCGGUCGCUUGGAUCGACCUCCUUCUACCGAGCCCCUCUCUCUUCCUCUUCGUACAGAAGAACAUCGCCUUCGAUUGCAUUCGGAAGCUUGCUACCGAGUCGAGUACGCUCAAGCUCUUCUUAUGCACUAUAAGCCUGCUUACACUCCAGCGUGGGCCGCAUACGUACACGCUAUUCGGUUAAAUCGUGAGAAUCUGGCAGGCCACAGCCAGUUUAGUCGGCAGAAAAUCAGGGCAGCUUGGGACAUUAAGCGAUAUCGAAUCGUUUGCAACGUCUUUCGGAUACUGGAUGAACUCGAUGUCGACCCUCAGGACCCAUUAUUUCGGACAUUAUGUCGGAUCACGGGAUCAGUUACGAUCAUGGCUCACCAAGAUUUGUUAUCCCACGAAGACAGAACACAUGUUUUGGCGACGGCACCGCGCUUUGUACGCUUCGCAUUCCACAAUCUUGUUGGUGCAGAUAUAGACUCAUACUAUGUCGCCCAUGUACGGCAGGAACAAACCAUAACACCGCAUAUCCCCGAUCCUGAAACUCUGCACGCCUAUGCCCGAACGCUGGGUCUGUUGCGCGAUUACGAGGGUCUAUACUCACUGUCGAUUUGGGCAACCACACACCAUGAACAAAUUUCGACUCUCGCCCAUGCGCACACAGACGGACGGACGCAGUUCUCCCGGAUGCUAAUUGCUCUACGUGCAGGGCUGGAGGGACAAUUGUCGAAUGGCCCAUGUGGAGAACCCCCGAGUCCGGAAUUAGUGGAGCUAGUCAGGGCGAAGAUAGAGGGCGUCGCGGGGUGGGGUUGGCCUACUGGAGAACAGGUCAAAGCCUACAUGAAAUCUGCAGCUAAACCUUUUCACUAUCUCCGAGGGAACUAAAGGCAGCAAACUGAGUAUGUGGAUGUUUAUACACUGGGGACGGUGUUUGAUCCUGCGUUCGAAAGCGCUGUGUCAUGUACAUAUGUAUUAUUAUCUGUAUUUGGGUUUGGGGGUAUAGAUAGGAGGACUCUGCUUUUUAGGGGUUUUUUACCCCCAACGAAAUCCUUAGAGGUGGUUGUAGUUGUGUCCACGUUCUGUAUAACACAUCGUCUUACACUGUACUCUUUCUUCCGAACACUUUUAUUGAGUCCCAGCAGCUCUUGUCCGGAUGUCUAUCAUUCCUUUUCUGGAUUCGCUGCACAAUUUUGAUUGCAACAUUUACCAUAUUGAAGUCUAUCGUGAAAGAAAUAUUCACCAGUAAAGGUGGAAGAGGGGCGAGCAAUCAGCACUUCAUCUGCUGUUCUCCUCUCACUGUAGUGUAUGCACCAGAUGAGUAUUCAGGACUGGCAGUGAAUCAUUCCACAGUUCUAGGUCUUCUCGCAUGUUCAU